AUGGAAUUCUGGAACUCUACCUUGGGCAGUGGCUUCAUCUUGGUGGGGAUUCUGGAUGACAGUGGCUAUCCUGAACUUCUGUGUGCUGCAAUCACAGCCCUGUACACAUUGGCUCUGACCAGCAAUGGGCUGCUGCUCCUGGUCAUCACCAUGGAUGCCCAGCUCCAUGUGCCCAUGUAUUUCCUGCUUGGGCAGCUCUCUCUAAUGGACCUCUUCCUGACAUCAGUCAUCACCCCCAAGGCUAUCUUGGAUUUUCUGCUCAAAGACAACACUAUCUCUUUAGGGGGUUGUGCCCUUCAGAUUUUCCUGGCACUGACACUGGGUGGUGCAGAGGACCUCCUUCUGGCCUUCAUGGCCUAUGACAGGUAUGUGGCCAUUUGUCAUCCUUUGAAGUACACAAUCUUAAUGAGGCCAGUAGUCUGUUGGCUAAUGGUCACUGCAUCAUGGUUUCUGGCAUUCCAGAUGGCCUUAGGAUUUACCAUCACUACCAUGCACUAUUCUUUCUGCAAAUCUAGGCAAAUCAGACACCUGUUCUGUGAGACCCCUCCCUUGCUAAAGCUGGCCUGUGCAGACACCUCUAAUUUUGAGCUUGUAGUUUAUUUGGUGGGUGUGCUAAUGUUAAUUCUCCCUCUUACUGUUAUCUUUUUCUCUUAUGCAUGGAUUUUGUUCACUGUGUUCUACAUGCCCUCAAAUGAGGGGAGAAAGAAAGCACUUGUUACCUGCUCUUCACACAUGACUGUUGUGGGCAUGUACUAUGGGGCACUCACUGUCAUGUAUGUCAUACCCAGUUCCUACCACAAUUCCAAGCAAGAGAAUAUCCUCUCUGUUUUCUACACAGUUGUCACCCCAGCUCUCAACCCCCUCAUCUACAGCCUGAGGAAUAAGGAAGUAACUGGGGCUUUGAGGAGAGUCCUGGGAAAUACUUGUUGCCAUUAUACUGUACAUUCAAAAUAG